AACACCAACACCUCCCAAAAACCUUACAUUUCUCCCCAAAAUGGCUUCCAUUCCUCUUCUUCGUUUCACUCCCAGUACCCCUCGCCUUCUACCCCACCCCCUCAAACCCAAUUUCCUCCAAAGCCGAACCCGAAUUCAGACCCGACCCAAACCCGCUUCCAUCUCCGCCGCUUAUAACCCAAUCCCGGCCACCGACCGCCUUAUCUCCGCCGUCGCUUACUUCCUUCCCUUCUUCAACGGCCUUCAAUACGGCCGUUUCCUUUUCACUCAAUACCCAACCCUUGCACUUCCAUUUCAACCCAUUCUUCCUCUUCUCUCACUCUACCGUUCUCUCCCUUACGCUAGCUUCGUCACUUUCUUUGCUCUCUACUUAGGUAUUGUAAGGAAUGAGAAUCUGAACCGGUACCCCCGGUUCAACGCCCUGCAGGCGGUGGUGCUCGACGUUCUACUGGUGCUUCCGAUGUUGAUUCAGAGGAUUUUCUCACCGGGUCAAUCGGGUAUUGGGCUGAUAUUUACGGUUUGGAUGCAUAAUGGGCUUUUUGUGUUUGUUGUGGGCUGUUUUGUUUAUGGGCUUGUUUCUUCUAUACUUGGAAAAACUCCUUACUUGCCUUUUGUUACUGAAGCUGCAAAUAGGCAAAUGUAGUUUUGAAUGUUUUUUGAAAUGUUGUUGUUUUCUAAUUUCUUUUUGGUAAUCAAAGGAAGGAAUUUUGGUCAUGUGUUUGUAUUUUUUGGGCAUGUAAUUCUUAUUUUGUGUGUAAUAUUUUAAAUCAAAUCAUCGAUGAGAUAUUUAUCGGAUAUAAUUGACGGGCUUGCAAGAA